AGAUCCUAAAAACCCGAGAAACAAACUUGAUAGGCCUUAGAAUAACCACACGAGGGUACGGUAAUUUGUCCCCCACUCUUAAUUCACUCUCUCUUUCUCUCUCUCAUAAGCCUGCUCACUCAACCUUCUUUGUCUCAUAUCUCUGUAAUAUACUACUACAAUAAACUCGAUCUCUUUCACUCUUCUAAACCAAACCCAGUUAUUUUCUCAGGAAUAUAAGAGAAACCCAGGAAGAUUUUCCUAGAAAGUUGAGUUUUUUCUCACUGGGUAUGGUAAAAAAGAUAAGAAAGUUUGUAUCUUUGUGAUUGGUUUUGGGACAGUAGACACCAACAAUGUCCGGAAUUUCUAUAAUUUUGGAUCUGUUAAGGAACAAACCAAGUUUAUAUACAGGACAAAGCCUCCACUCUUAUGGGUUGAUCUCAGCCACUGCUGCAGCCUCUGCCGCCGCCGCCUCCGUCGCUGCCGCACACCCUUUUGCCUCAAGGGCUUUUUUUGGAAAUUUUGGGCCAUCAGUUGCUUAUUGUGAUGCUGGUGCAGCAUUGUCUGAAGAUUACAUAUCCAAUAUCCGAAGUGCAGCUUCAACUUUCUUUCAGAAAGAUUCUCUGAAUUACAGAACAAAAGAGUACACAAUUGAGUUAAAACCUCUAUUCUCGGCUUUUGAAUUGAGGACAUUUGGUAUGACUACCUUGAGGUCAUUUCUAUUGUUUUAUUUGCCUCUUUUGGAGCCUCGUUCAAACAUGGAAGAGGAUGAUGAGGACUUCCUUCAGGACAAUCAAGAAGAGCACCGCGUAGAUUUGGUUGUUCCUUUCAAAAAAUCAGUGAAGCAAAUUGUCCGUGAGACUACUGUUGUAACCACUAGACGGGUGCUGGAACGAAUUGCUGUCCACUAUGUUUCACAGAGGAUGGCAUGGAAACUUCUGAAAGAUGUUCCCAAAUCUGCUGUGCGGAAGGCUGGAAGAAGGAUGCCUACAUUUGUUUACUUCUGCAGUGUUAGCAGAACAACUCUCAGAGGACACUUUUUAGGAGUUGCAGCAUCAUGGCUUGUCCAAGUUGGCAUUGAAGUCUACAGAUACUUUUCAUCUAUGAUUAAAGAAGGGAAAGAUGAUUUUGAUAGAGAAGAAAAAGCUAAACUUCUUGGGAAAAAGGUCUCUUGUGCUACUGUGAGGUGUAGUGCAUCUUUAGUUUUUGCUUCCAUUGGGGCUGGGAUUGGUGCCACUCUUUUUCGUCCUUCAAUUGGCCAGUGGAUUGGCUGUGCUCUGGGGGAUUUGGCCGGGCCCAUUAUUGUAACAGUUUGCCUUGAUAAAGUUCUGCAUGUGGACCUUUAAGCGCUGGGUUGAAUUAUCUGACUUAUUCUUUGCACCUGCUUAAAAUUUGACUGGUGUAAUAUACAAAUGUUGAGAUAUUUGAUGAUAUGUCUAUGAAUGAUACCACUUACUGAGGCUACUUAAGAGAAGGUUUCGAAGCAGAAACCACUGUCAUUCCUCAAAAUUUUCCCUCUGUAGGGCCAUUGUCAUGCCCUUUAUUUCGGAUGAAUUAUUCAAAUAAUACCUUAUGCUUUUCAUUUAUCAAAAAAAAAAAAAAACCUUAUGCUCUUCAGUUGAGUUA